AUGCUGUUCUCUGGCUUUAUUCUGUUCUGUUACGCCUGGUUGGUGAGGUGUGGUAAGUUUCACUUUUCUUUUGAGAUCCCUCAGCUUCUCCACCUUCGUUAAUCACUUGCGGCUCGUUAAUGAAACUGCUGAAUACAGAUUUUAAUGUGCGUCUUCAUUCUCACGAUGUGCAAUACGGCUCAGGAAGUGGGCAGCAAUCUGUGACCGCUAUUGAAGACGUCUCGGAGGCUGGCAGUUAUUGGAAGGUAUGAACUUGCCUGUAUUCGAAUACAAGUCCUCAAAAUGUUGGCAGACAGCUGUACUUACUUAGAAUCAGUUGUAUAGCUGGACCUAACAGUCUUCUGCAAAAUCCAUGGCAGAUUUUGAUAGCUUGUUUUAUACUUAAGCAAUCGAAAAUUUGGUACAUUACACCACUGUUCAAGGGCAUGACAACAGUGCGCAUCCUUGACACAACAUUUACUGUAGUCCGUCGUUUCUGCAUGUCAUCUGCCAUAAAAUCAGGUUGUAAUUUCCCGCUAAAGGCCUUUCGCUCUUUCAAGCAAGUUUUAAAUGUUGGCUAUCGAGGCUUCCAUUUUAGCACGAAAAUACAAGUUCCGAGUAACCUGUAGAAAAAAAGGUCGAGUCCCUAGUAGCAAAUCCAUAGCGAGAUGACGGCGCCUCGCUGUGGAAAAGUCGCGAUACAAUGACCGAUUUAUAGCGGAUUUUGUCCAUGUGGUCGCUAUGGAAACAAUGGCGAAAAGUCGCGAUACGGCAUUAUGCAGCUGCGGGACGGCAUUCCUUAGCGACCUUUCUGUUUUAGCACCCAAGAAAGCUCUUUUUCCCACCUACCAUCCGAUUUAGUACUAAACAAACUGCGGAACCCCCCUCCCCUCCGAUAGUUGAAGGAAGGCGUACUAGUACUCCGAUCACUGAUCGCAGUUCUUUGAUUGUUCACUGUUGAGCGGCAUAUUUUAUGCAAACAAGUAUAUAUUAGCGUUGAAUAAAACAGAAGGUAGUUCACACAAUUCCUUUUACAUGACUGAAAUAAUUUAUUCUUCUAUCUAACAGUCAACAGUUUAAAUGACGGUUUUCUGUCUCACGUGUCUUGUGUCAGAGAUUUGUUUCCUAUUCUUGCUAUUCUUGCUAUUUUUCCAUGUGCAUCUAAUUAGAUGGGACCACUUGUCAUAGGUCUAGUUGUAGAACGGAGGUAACAUCAGUUCACGUCUGCCACAUUAAGGAUAUUGACCACACCGUUUCAGCCGCGCAUAAAAAUGUCCAGUCGUUAUCCAUUAUUCUUAUUAUAGCUUACUUUCAGAAAAGCUGGGCCAAUUUCACGAAAGCCCCACAGCGAAAGAAUUCCAGCGUAUUUUUUAGGUUUCUCCCCAACCUAGUCAAGUCUUUAAUUCCUGGCAAAAUCUCAGGACUGUCUUAUUCGAGUCCUAAUAUCCAUAGCUGCGUUGUAAUCUUGUUAUAAUUAAUGUGAUUAGCGAAAUUUUGAACACCUCAUCUUUAUCAAGAUAUUGAAGUCCGUUAAAUUAACAAUACCCAUCUACAUGCUCUCCAAGGUCAUGGGACCCAACGGUGUCAAAGUAUGCAACAGAGGACAACCCAUAAAAUGUGGCUCUACCAUCAGACUCAAUCAUAUUGUCACAGGGAAGAACCUGCACAGUCAUCACUUUCAGUCGCCGUUAUCUCAAAACUACGAAGUUUCCGCAUUCGGAGCUGACGGCGUAGGUGACGAAGGUAUGUGGUCUAAAUGCACAAAGAUAACCACUCCGCCAACUUUCUUCUUUGAAUCGUUUUAACAUGCCAAAGGUUCGGCGAAAGGCAAAUUUAAUUAACAAACGCUAAUUCGGCUUACCGGGAAGACUGUGAUAUUUACGGGUUUGCGUUUAUACUUCGGAACCAGUUGUAUAAAAAUUUCAGCACUGGAUCAUACCAAUCGGGGAUUUAUGAAUGGAAAUUCGCGAAAUGGAAACGCAACAUAUCAGCAUCAUAUUUGUCGAGACAGCGUCAAUAACCGAAAAGGGAAAAGGAUAACAAGAAAGUCAAGAUAAAAGCCCUUAAGAGCAAAGCAUAAGCAUCCAGGCGCAAAACAUCGUAAACACAUAAUUGAAGCCAAACGAAAAACAGCCGAACGGUACACAAAGCAACUAACACAAACAUAUGGAGACGAAUUUCGUGUUUUUAAUAGAGAAAACAAAUAUGGACAGUCUUGAUAAAAAGACUCGCCAGUCUCACCGGAUCGUUAUGAUUGCCUGCCCGCAAUACCUUAGGAGACAUUUAGUUCGUUAGUAUCCCAAUCAAGUGAACUACAUGCCUGACCAGCCCACCGAUGUGAAUGCCUGGCUUCUUCUCGGGUUGCGUAUUAUUAACAGGGUACGGUCGGCGAGCAGGUGCGCUAUUGGCUGCCUCAUGGAUCCUGCUGCUACUGAUCAGCCAUCCAGUGGCACGUGUAGCGUCGUAUACCGGAGAAUACAGUAGGUGGUUGACAAAUUCAUACAGUACGUAAUCUAUCCAGGGAGAAUGGAAACAUGGGGCACUUCAUUGUAAAAUGUUUCCGAUGCGUUUAGAGAGUACCUGGCGAUAAUGGUAACAGUGGAAUGAGAUUAAAGAACAGUCUGCCCCGUAACGUAUUAUCAGCAUCUUGGAUGUCAACCUCGGGCCCCAGCCGGUGAACAAAAUAUGCGACCGUCAUGAUAUUGAUUCCUGCCACUAAAUGUGCCCCACCGAUGAAACAUUCAGCUCGAGCCGACGCGAACUUAAAAUCACCUUCCGGCUACUAAGGAAUCUUUAUUCCUUACUAUUAUCCGUAGUUUAUGGUAGAUGACUUACUUGAGUUUGCAAUGAAGAAGCUUAUUGAACAAGCCCGAAGCAAGGUGCUUAGAGAUAUAGCAGGGCAUGUGCAUCCGGCUUGUGUUCCAUCGCUUGAUGCAUGUCAUUGUUCUCCGUCAACCAAGAUGCUGUCUGUGGCUAGGAUAUGGACGAACUCUCCUCAUUCUUAAUAGACUACCAUCCCUCGUCAUUUUGGUGAAUGAAUAAACCAUGUAUACCACCGGACGCCUGUUAUUGGAAGUCCGAGUGGAGAUUUGACGCUCACAAGGGUAAUACCAAAUGUUUUGCUUACUUACAGAGGGGACGGAAAUAACAUCGAAGUAAUGGAACUUCGAUUUUGUCUCUGAAGUGAUACUUGAGCAGUUGGGUCCUUGCCUAGGGAUUUCGAGAAAAAAUGACUUUUUGUCGCAGGAGAUAUUGUUGCAUGCCACUACUACUUUGUAAUCACUCAGUUUUUUCCAAGGUGUCUCAUUUUAAUUGUCUUCGUACAUUUUUUCCCUCCCUUCUCUUAGGUGAUGACUGGAAACUGCACUGUGACUCCUCUUUCUGGAAGCGAAACGAGCCUUUUAAACUACAACAUGUCUCCACUUCUGGGUAAUACUUCAUUUUCUACAGAUGAACACGUAGUUUCCUGUCUUAAGGACCAAUUAAGGAGGUUUGAUUUUCAACAGAGUGGAUGUGUUUGUCCCGAGUUCAUUAUCAGAGGCCUGAAUGAGUUGCCAAAAUCUGUCUAUUUAUACUGAGACUGUCGUGUAAAUAUUUAGUCGCUUUGUUUCUGUUCCUGCUGAUAACUAUGGAUCGUCUGCAAUGAGAGUGGAAACUCCAGCCGAGAAUUGACAAAGUCACCGUCCGGUUAUCAACGUGCCGUUGGGCUAGGUCUGUUCCUCUGGGUACUGGGCGCUUACCUCUGUCCAAGUAAGGUUAAGUGGUGGUUAGGGUCGAUGAAAUGGUGGUGGCGAUGAACCCUAGUAAGAGUUGAAGACGUUAAACAAACAGUUACUUUUUCUAGACCCGAAUUGUCUUCCCUGUCAAUUUUGUUCCUAGUAAAGUCACUCGUCUGGGCUUGAAUAUUCCAGUUCUCAGUUCGACUUUUACGUUCUUGACCUCCCAGACUGCGUUUUAUUGGCGAGUUUACUUCACCAUUCAUGAUCUUCGUUUACCGAUUAUUUUCAUCAGUUGCUGGAAAUCCCACAGUUUCCGUUAUUCAAGUGGCUCCACAAUACUCACAAGAAUGCAACCUAGUCUCGUGUUAAUUUUGAGCUUUUUUACUUUACUCUGAAGGCAGUGUUAAGAGAUGCCAUACUAGGAGCACAAAUAGUAGCUGAAGCCCAGACACGCGUGUUUUGCCGUAUGGUACAGCUGUGGAGGCGGUUCGGCUCGACAGUGGGUCCCCCAGCAUUCCCGGGGUGUUUUCUGGUAGAUACUCCAGUUUUGAAAUUGUUCCUUUUUAAUUUACUCAGAAAUUGACAGCUAACUUGGAGUAGAUCAGUUCACACCAGGGUCUAUAGGCGCAGACCGAAACUUAGUGCAUGAGUAUUUGGGCCAUCUCUCUGUGGCUGAUGGACUUCGGCCCAAAUAUUCAUACAUCACGUUUCGGUCUGCGAGUAUAGGCUCUAGUAUGAACUGAACUACUCGCAGUUAGCGGUUAGCUUCUGAGGAAAGUGAAAAGCAACAAUUGAUUAACAUGCUCCGUUUGUUGGUUGGACGCUAGAGCGGAAAUGCCCUUAUUGCGACGGACUUUGGCCUAAAUUCCAGGAAAGAGGGCAGGUUAGUUUUACGGUUAGUAGGGUCGGAGUUAUGACAACUAGGGUUAUAUUUGGGACAGGAAAAUAUAGUCAGUGACCGGUCUCAUGAAGUGUUAACUGAAUUUCCUAAACUUAUCUUCGGCUAGAGUGGAUUAUCUAAUUGGGGUUGAAUUAUUGUUUAUCGUUAGACAUAAUUCCAAAAUAUUUCAGACACGCCAGAAUCUUGGCUUUCGAAUACACCUCUUUUCGGAAGCUUGCAGAAACCGCACUCCACUAAAGAAAACGAUUGCUUUAGUAGUAUGCAUUUUUUCUCUUUGAUCUGCGAUGCCCCUAUAAAUUCAAGCAUAUUUUAUUAGAAAACAUGCACAAAAGUGCUCUUUCUCCUAUUCGUUUGGUAGGGAAUCACGUCUUGCCCAAAUUCUCUACUUGAGGCGAGGAUAUCUUUCGCGCUUAAAGAAGUUUUUAGUUCCCAAAUAAUUUUAAGCCGCAUCCCCCGUUACAUUUUCGCAUAGGGUUUUUAGUUGACACGUUCCGUGCAAGGGAAGUCAUACGCUAUUGAGAAGAUACCAUAAAGAGCUCGUACAAUUUUGCAGUGAAUUUGGAUUAUGUUGUAUACUUACUGAGGAACAUUAGUAAACGGACCGAUGCCAUGUGAUUUGAAUGGACAUUGCACGGUCCUAAAAACUCGUAAUUAGAGACUUUUCUAAAACCGAAAGAUGCCCUUUCUUCAAGUAUAAGGUUUAAAGAAGACGUAAAUUGUCACCAAAUGCGUGAAAUAAAGAGCACUUUUGUGCAUGUUUUCUAUAAAACAUGCCUGACUUAUAAGGUCGUCGCAAAUCAAUGGGAGAAAUACAUACUACUGGAGAAGCUGUUUUUUUUUUUAACGCAGUGUGGUUUUUGCAGGCGGCCGAAAAGAAGUGCCCUUAAGAGUCAACAUCCCACAGUGUCUGAAAUAUCUUGGCGUUAUGCCGCACGGUAGUCAGCGAUUCAACCUCACUUAGGCAAUAUUUUCUCAUCGAAGACGCAAUUUAGAAUUUCGAUUAACAUUUCAUGGUGUCGCUCACUGGGCGUAGGUACUUCUGUGGAAUAUAGCAGGACGCCACCUGUACUAUUUGGGAACUCUUAUUCCCGUGUCCGACCCGAUGAUUUUCGCGUCGCCGCCGUGUCUUGACUUUUCGCUCCGGACCUAUUAGCCACCCGCUGUCUGCAGAAUGCUGCUACUAACCUUGCCGGUUUGAGCAUUUCCCCGCAUUUGGUGGUUCCCAGUCCGAAUGCUCCUAGGCAUUUUGUGACCUAUCCAGAAAAGUCGUGUUCCGGGGGUAGGGAGGGUUAGCGUCAAUUCUGCUCAUUAACUCUGUAUGGGGUUACAAACUUAACCUGGUGAUAUUUCUUUUUGAAAAGACUGCAAUCUUGAGUUAAUAAGGGAGUAAACUAGAAUCUACGUGUAGUCUAAUAUCCGCACUCUUUGAGUAAUUGCUGUCGGCUUACCACAAUUUUAGUACGUCUAGUACUAAAAUUGUGGUACUAAAUUUUAGUACGUCAAUUUUACCAAUCCUAGUACGUCUCGCCAUAGCCCAGGUACAGGAAACUCACUCUCGAUAGUGUGUAAGCCCUAAGGACACGUAAGCCCCAGAUCGCGUUUCAAGAUCGAUGCGAGUAACUUGACUUAUUAAUACCAAAAUACUAUAUGCCUUGAAGUAUAAAGCAUGAAAAUAACCUCAUUUUUUUCCCGUGAUAAAGAUACACGUGCUCUCGUUUUUUCAUUUGAAAGAGAAGCAAACUUUAUGAGAGCAGAAUAGUAUUACCGACAAAGAAAAUGGAGACUGGAAUGGCUAUUUCUGGCUCAUUAGCCGUCGUCAGCCAGGCAUACCCAACCGCGAAGUGUGGAACACCCGAGGCUCGAUUCCGCUACCUGUUUGUUAGAAUUCCAUUGUUUCUAACCACUGAGCCACGGGCUCGUUCUGUCGGUUGCGAUGGGGUAUAUACAGUGGUGGUAGGGCGAUUAGGAGCGUUGGACUUCUAACCAACAGGUCGCGGGAUCGAGCCCUAGGUGCCCCACACCUCGGGGUUGCGUAUGACUGGCUGACGACGCCUAACGAGCCAGAAAUGGCCAUUCCAGUCACCCUUGUCUUUGUCGGUAAUAACUUACUGCCUACAUCAUGCGCCGCUGUGCGCCUGCUAGUUGGGCCCGAGAGAGAACCUUAAGGCAAAACGGAACGAGGGAAUUCCGUAAGAACGACCGGUGAGCGCCCUCCCCUUUCCAACAUUUUAUUCGAGCACUCAAAAAGACGUCGAAAUAAUAACUGCCGCCUAGAGGGUGGUACUUUGUGAUUAAUCUCAGGACAGGUGGCCAGGCAUAUUCCCACGGACUGGUCAGCCCAAUCUGUUUUAAGAUCUCAGUCCCUCGUAAGUAGUCUUAUUCUGAUGUGAAGUACAGUUUAUAAGUACUCCCAGUUUUUUUCACAACUUUUGGCCAUUACUGUACUCGAGUAGAUUUCAACACUUUUAUCAUAAUUUAUUGGAUUUUUUAGUUAUUUACACGUCAGCGGUCGGACUUUUGGACACCCAAUCAGUGGACAGUACGAGGUAGCAGCUUCGGGGUCCUCCGCCUACGGAAGCCGAUGGAAAUCAGCCGAAGGCGUUUAUGUACAGCCUUCUGAGUCCGAAAACGACACUGGAUCUAGAUCAGUGCAACGGGAUGAACUUUAA